GGCUUUUUACAAUUUUACUAUCUUUGCUUGCGAUUGUAGUAGCUGAUACUGUUUGAUUUGGAUUACUCUAUCACUGUACAGAAGGAAACCGCACGUGACCAAGUCCCAGCUCACCAGUCCCCACACCGCCCCCCCGCGCAUUUUAUCUUUUACCCCCUCAAUCAACACUCUUACGUAAAACUCAUGCGGAACACGUCACACAAACAGACAGCACCCUAACCUGCGCACUCCCGCUGUCUCUCUUUCAUUCACAAGUUUGAUCGUUACUGUUUCGGCUGCGAAGUUUUGGCAUUUCGGAAAUAUGUUUGGGUUUUCGAGAAGAAGGAUGAAGCUUGGAAGAUUAAGAGUUCAACUCUCAGACUCUGCUCAGGGAACUAGAAGUCCGAUAAGGCACCCUAAACGAUUUAGCAAUUCAAAUGGGGAAGGUGUUGCAGCAGCAAGUAGUGAAGCUGAUGAACUCAAUUGCCAAUCUUCAUCUAAUGCACCAGAGCUUAACAAUUGCACUUCAGGCAGCUCUGAAAAUUGGAUGGUGCUUUCAAUCAGUGGAGAAAAACCUACUCCCCGCUUCAAUCAUGCAGCGGCUGUUGUAGGGAACAAGAUGGUCGUAGUUGGUGGUGAAUCUGCAAAUGGGUUGCUGGAGGAUGUCCAGGUAUUAAGUUUUGAUAGGUUUUCCUGGACUAUGGCUUCAUCAAAGCUUUACCUUUCACCAACCAGUCUUCCGCUGAAAAUUCCAGCAUGUAAAGGUCACGUUUUGGUCCCUUGGGGGAAGAAGGUGCUUCUUAUUGGAGGGAAAACUGAACCUGUGAGUGACAGGGUUUCAGUCUGGGCAUUUGACAUGGAAGCAGAAUGUUGGUCUCCAAUUGAAGCUAAGGGAGACAUUCCGGUCGCUCGUAGUGGUCAUACAGUUGUCAGAGCGAACUCUGUUCUAAUCCUUUUUGGGGGUGAAGAUACAAAAAGGAGGAAACUGAAUGAUCUGCAUAUGUUUGAUUUGAAAUCUCUAACCUGGCUUCCUCUUCAUUGCACGGGACCAAGACCAUCUGCAAGAUCAAACCACAUCGCUGCUCUUUAUAAUGACAAAAUGCUUUUCAUUUUUGGUGGCUCAUCGAAGUCUAGGACUCUGAAUGACUUGUACUCUCUUGAUUUUGAGGCGAUGGUGUGGUCAAGAAUUAAAACCCGAGGUUUUCAUCCAUCGCCUAGAGCUGGUUGUUGUGGAGCCCUUUGUGGAACAAAAUGGUACAUUACUGGUGGUGGUAGCAAGAAAAAACGACCUGCAGAGACCUUGAUAUUUGAUGUACUGAAGUUUGAAUGGUCUAUCGCUGUUUCAUCACCUCCAUCUUCCAUCACCACCAACAAGGGUUUUAGCCUAGUUCUAGUGCAGCAUAAGGAAAGGGAUUUUCUUGUUGCAUUUGGUGGUACCAAGAAAGAUCCAUCUAACCAGGUCGAGGUACUCAUCAUGGAAAAAGUUGAAUCAUCGAUAGUUCGAAGAUCAACUCUGAGUAAAGUUGCUGGAACCUUGCUGUCCGAGAAUGGCUCAUCCAUAGGAUUGUCUGCCCAACCAGACAAUGCUUCUCUGAGUGGUCAUCUUGAUUCUGUCUCAAGACUCAAUUUAGCAUCUGCAAUUGAACAACAUGGAUCUGGUAGAAAAUCAUUGUCAGAGUCUUUACUUGUUGACCCACAUUCUGCUCCUGGUAAUGUGUCCCUCCGCAAACAAUUUUAUAAUGAGGAGGAGAAUGCUGAUGCGACCACAACAAAGAGCUCCGAAGAUACAAACUUAUCACGGAUGAUGGAGCAAAACACGAAGCCGCUUGAUUCUGGCAUUGGUGUGAGCUAUAGUGGAGAUAGAAUCACAGAAGAAACAUCUUUAGUCUCUGAAUCUGAUAACUUGAACCUUGAUAAACAUGGAAGUGGAAGCUUGUCAUUAGAAAGUGAAGAUCUUGUCUUUCAAGAAACCGAUGGUAAAUCAAGAAUAUCAGCUCCAUCAGGUGUCUAUCAGAUAUAUGAAGCCAAAUUAGCAAGCCUCUUAAGAAAGAAUGGCAUUCUGGAAGGACAAUUGGCAGCUGCAUUAGCUGCUCGCGAAGCAGCAGAAAAAAAUCUGUCAUUAGCUAUCAAAAGCAGACAGGACAUGGAGAGAAAAUUGGGAGAAGCAAUGAGGGAAAUAGAAUUGCUUAAAGAGAAGCUAGCCAGUGUUGAGUUGGCUCAGGAAGAGGCUAACAGCCUCUCGAAUAUUGUCCACUCUGACAAUGUAAGACUUGAGCAUGAUGUCGCUUUCCUGAAGGCUGUUCUGGAUGAUACCCAAAAGGAACUCCAUUCAACUAGAGGAGUUCUUGCUGGAGAGCGGGCAAGGGCAUUCCAGCUACAGGUUGAAGUUUUCCAUCUCAAACAAAGAUUGCAGACGUUGGAGACUCGUGCACCAACACCGCGGAAACCUUUCCAUGUUUAGUAUGUAGAAGUAUCAAAUUUGCCAUGGCAAGCCUGUAUGUAUGCAUGUAUCUUCUGUCAUUUGUGCUUGUCGUCCUGCCUAUUUAGGGACAUGGUAGCGGUUGCGACAUGUAGGCAGUGUCUGUAUUUUGGAGGUUGUAUAUAAUCUUGGGGCAGCUCCUAAUUAUUACCUUUGACACAGUUUUUUACUUGGAUUUGCUAAUAUUCCGCAA